GUGUACGGAGGUUGUGAAAUCAACACGUGUCUCAUAAACAAAAUUACGAUGGCGGACCACGGCGAAAACAGAGACGGUGCCUCCGCCUCCGUAAGAGUCCUCAACCACCGCUCCGAAGAUUUAGACACGAUAAGCUCUUUGCCUGAUGUGAUCCUCCAACAAAUUCUCUCCUUAAUUCCGACCAAAUACGCCAUAAGAACUUCCAUCUUGUCCAAACGAUGGAGGCAUGUUUGGUCCGAAACACCUUCUCUCCACUUCGAUGAUUUCUAUAAAGUAGAUGCUGAUUCUAUAGACAAAACCCUAGCUCUCUACAAGGCUCGCAAGAUUAUGACUUUUCAGCUCUGUGCCACAUCUGUAGUCAAUCUUCCUUACAAUGAAUGGAUUGAGUUCGCCAUGUCCCGAAACGUGGAGAAUCUGUUUCUGGAUUUCGGUUACCUUAAGUAUGAAUUUCCUGAUUCCGUCUACAUCAACUCCUCUGUCAAGCAACUCCGCAUUGAGACAAAAUUUUCUGAAUUGAUUCCCAGAUGCUCUGUUUCUUGGAAAUCUCUCAAGAAGCUUUAUUUGCGUUGUUGCAAUCUCUCUGAUGAAUCCUUUGCUAAGAUUCUUUCUGGUUGUCCGAUUCUUGAAAGCUUAACAUUGUAUUCCUGUGAUGAACUGAUGGUUCUUGAUCUCACCAAAUCACCGAAUUUGAAAAUAUUGAUAAUCCAUCUUAACAUUUGGGAUUCUGGGCCAACGCACAUUGUGGCACCGCAUAUCCAUUGUCUCACUCUCACAUUGAAAAACUAUCAGUUAUCAUGUACUUUUGUUGAUGUCUCGUCUUUAACCGAAGCUAAACUAGACAUUUGCUUUUCCGAACUUGAAGACAUGAAUGUUGAUUUUCUUCAAGACAUGGUGCUUAAGAUACUUGACAAGUUACAGAACGUAGACAAGCUUACUUUUGGGGAAAACUUUCUUAAGAUUUUAUCUCUUGCCGAGGUCCGCGGUGUUCCUUUUCCGAUGUUCAAGGCGAAAGCUUUGACUCUUGAGACAAUGAUCUCUCAAUAUGUUAUUCCUGGUAUAUUAAGGUUGCUACGAAACUCACUUGAAUUAAAGAAGCUAACCCUACACACAAUGGAUAUUGAGACGGACACCAUACCUGAUAAGGAUGUUAGCAACUACUUGUGUGGCUUGAAUCUGAAUCACUGCUGGAUCUUUGGAAAUGUUUUCCAUUGGAAUGUAGAGUCAAAGCAUGUGGCUUCGUUCAUGGAACUUAUGAUUAAAAUCACAAAGGCAUUAGAGAAAAUGGUCGUAAGGUUGGAAAGUUAUCUUGAUGGAAGAGAUUUUGAAGAAUUGCUUGAGAUGGUUCCAAUGCUUUCUCAAAACAACAAUGUCUCCAUUGAGUUUAGCUCUAUAUCGGCUUGGCGUUGAGCUAAGCUCAAUGAAGACAUUGUUGUUUUGAGAAAGCAUUGGAACCAUCUCAAGCAAUUCUUCAAAACCUCUUCCAUUUACUAUUGUUUUUAAACGUUGUUCAGAGACAACAAAGAAUGCGUUUUAAC